GGGCUAUUAACUAUAAAUUUAUACCCCUUCUUUGGAAAUCCUGAAAAAAUAAUCAUACACUGCACGCAUUCACACAUUGCCUAGCUAACAAUUUGACUUAGCUGCUAGCUACAUUGAUUCUGAUGGAGGAGUCAUGGGAAAAUUGGCACCUUCAUCCGGAAAUGGAUUGCGAUGAUGAUUAUUUUGCAAACAAGUCAAACAUGGAGGAGGAUGAGGAGUUUCUGAGACAGAUCCUACUUCAGGCACCGGCUUUUUCUUCUGAAAGUGAGAGCAAUAACUCGCUCCACGCUUCUUCCACCGUCGCAUCUGAAGAGAUUAUUGGGAACAUGGUGAAAAGCCACAGUUCAAACUCCAUAGUGUCAUCUCAACAGGGUCCUAAAAAGCCACGUGGCUCGUCUUCUCCGAAGGCUUACAUUUUGUCGUUUGAUAACUCAACCAUUAUUCCAGCGAACCCUGAGGGGAAAUUAUUGGGUAGCAAUAAGGGAAGUACUCGAGGUACUAAGCGUUGUUCUGAUUCUUCUUCUGCUCUGCCCAAUAAAUUACAGCAAGUUCAGAACACUGAAUCUGAGAAAACAAGGGCCAACAAUCAAGGCACGAAGAGGGCCAGAACCACUUCUCAGACUAUCGAUCACAUAUUGGCAGAGAGGAAAAGGAGGCAGGAAUUGACUGAGAGAUUCAUCGCACUUUCAGCAACCAUUCCAGGCCUCAGCAAGACAGAUAAGGCGUCUGUACUCAGAGCAGCGAUCGAUUACGUGAAACAACUCAAAGAACGUGUACAAGAACUAGAGAAACAAGAGAAGAAAAAUGGUGUUGAAAAAGUGAUUGUGAUCAAGAAACCCGAUCUACGUGGAAAUGAAGACACCACAAACUCGGGUGAUAUAAUUACUACAAGUUCUGAUCAUGAUGACUGUAGUACAAUCCUCCCUGAGAUUGCUGCAAGAGCAUUGGGGAAAGAGGUGCUCAUUGAGAUCCACUGCGAGAAAGAAAAUGGCACAGAGCUCAAAAUACUGGACCACCUUGAAAAUCUUCACCUCUCUGUCAAUGGUAGCAGCGUCUUGCCGUUUGGGAAUUCCGCUCUUUCCGUUACUGUUAUUGCUCAGAUGGGUGACGCGUAUGGAAUGACAAUGAAUGAUCUCGUGAAUAGCCUCAGGCAAUUGCUCUUGAAGUCCCAAAUGAGCAGUGACAGUGAUCCGUACUAGUGUAUCAAUUACCAAGGAACAAAGUUGCAGUGUGUGAAAUUGGAAGUUUUGACUUCUUUGUUUUUUUUUUUAGUUUAGUAGUACUUGUUCGUUUUCGUGUUAAUUGUAAUAUCUAUGAACAGAAACUAUGUUUAAAAAUAAUUUACUACUCUUCGUUUA